CCUCCUCGCCAAGCUUCCAUUCAGAAUGGCGCCCACAACAACAAAAUAAAUAAAUGUCUUUAGCUAAACAGGCCGAGUAUGAUAGAAAUGAUCCGUUUCCCGUUGAAGUACUCAGUCAGUUAUCUAGUAAAUUUGCAUGCUAUGAAGAAGCUAUUCAAAAUCCAAGGAAAGAUGUUAUUUUCUUGACCAAGACCUUUCAAAGCGAAUUCCAUCAAAAGGCGCUACGACUUCGAGAAGACUUUUGUGGCACUGCAGCGAUUUCACGUGAAUUCAUUAGAUCUGACUUUGAAAGAUUUGCCGUCGGAGUAGACAUAGACUCUAGAGCUGUUGCUUGGUGUGUUCAACACGGUCUGUCUAGUCUUCACUCUGGUAGUGAUCGACUUGAAUUAGUAGUGGCAGACUGUAGAGAGUAUCAGGAUGCAAAGUUCUAUGACAUUAUUUCGGCAAAUAAUUAUAGCCUAUUCUUGCUAACUUCUCGAAUGGACCUCGUUCAGUACCUAAGAAGAGUAAAGCAAUGCUUGGAUCCUAGUCAUGGAAUGUUCAUUUGUGACUUGACUGGUGGUUCGGACUGUUUUAUAAAACGGAAAGUAAAGCGUCAAUGUGGUAAUCUUGCCUAUAUUUGGGAGCAAGACAAUUAUAAUUUUGUUGAUGCCAGUUGGCAAUGUGCACUUUCUUUUCUUCUCCGUGAUGGUUCAUUAUUGAAACAUUGUUUCAAGUAUACUUGGAGGCUUUGGACAAUGGCAGAAGUAAUGGAUGCCUUGUACGAAGUAGGAUUCAGUAAAGUUAGAAUAUGGUUCUCUGACCUGGAUGAAGCUGAAGAGCUUGUUUAUGAAGAAACCACAAAUAUUCCAGGUUGGGUGAAAAGUUGGAAUGCCAUUAUCGUGGCAGUCUGAUGAUUGACUUUGAGACAUGGAGCGUUUUAUUAUCGUUAAAAGUUAUUGUCCGGUAAAUUAUUUAUACAAAAAAUAAAUACAUCUAUGGAACACUUGAACAGUUUUGCACAAAGGAUUGAAAGAAUGAGU